CCGCGGACGCUGAGAUUGUCGAUUCUUCGCUGCAGCUUUUCUCACCUUCCUUUUAGCUCGUCAAACCCUAGCUUUGCACUCGUUUCAGGAAAAAAAUUUCUGGUUCCUUCAGAUUGCCAAAUUAUUUACCAAGGAUGUAAGUGUUCUUCUACUGUUCUUUUAGUUUGUUUGAUCUUCGCUGGAUCAUUCUUCCUUUUGAUGCUUUAGAACUUUACCGUUUAUAUGGUUUUGUUCUCUGUUUUGUUGAAAAAACCCUAGAUGGCGGCAAAACCAUUGACCAGUGAAGCAAUUGCUCUCACAGAGAAGAAAAUGGACAUGGCCUUAGAUGAUAUCAUUAAAAUGUCCAAGAAAUCAAAUACCAACGUUAAACAGCAGAGGGUUUCGAAUAAAAGCCAAAGAUUUUCGAAUGCUGGAUCUAACCAAGGUAAUGCAUCAAAGAUGCGCUGUUUUAUGGAUUCUAGAUCCUCCAUGAGACAGGGGGUUCUUGCUCAGAGAAGGUCAAAUUUUCAAGCUAAUCAGUUUCCUAUGACAACUGAGGCUGCCAAGAAGGCUGCAGCUGCUCCUAUUCGUCCCAGAGCUCUUGGUCGUAAUCGGAUGGUUAACUGGAAUAAGCCAAGGAUUGGAGCUGCAGCCCCAGCUCAGAGGAGGGUUGCUGAGGGAGGUUUUGCGGGGAGGAAGCAACAACAGCAGCCGCCGCAGGCCAAGGUAGUGCCCAAGCAGAGGCCGCAGACUUUGGACUCUCUGUUUGCAAACAUGAAGGAACAGAGGAUGAGGACAUUGUCUCAACAGAUGAAUGUACGACGUACUGGUGGAUCCCAGCAACACCAGCGAAGAAGGGGUCAAUUUAACAAUUAUUCCAAUUAAGUAGACCUAUGUUCUUCAUGCAAGGAGAAAUGUGGAGUCACUUGGUAAUCGAAUGUCUAGCCCUGCCAUGUGGUGCGAAUAGGUGGAUAUGUCUAGCAACCAACUCUGAUUACCAGCAGGAAGCAGCCCUUUUUUUCUUUUUCUUUUUUUGUUUGCCGGUUCACUUUUCUUCUGUAUCCUGACCAUCUCCAAUAGAGGAACUUGUAGAUAUUUUUAGUUCUUUUUUCAACCUGAGAUUUGGAUUAGUUUGUCACAUCUGGUGUAUAUUUAUUAGGAGGGUGGUUAAAUUCGGUGGUGCCCAUUAGAGCAGCUGAUACACGUUUUAUGUUUUGCUAUUUCAACUUCUUCCUGUAUCUUAACUGGCUUUAGUACCAAUUAGUGGUAUUUUUAGCUCA